AUGGAUUUCAAAAGUGCUUUUCUCAAUGGAGAAUUGAAAGAAGUAUAUCUCCAGCAACCUAUAGCUUUUGAAAACCUAUGUCUUCCUAACCAUUAUUACAAACUGAUGAAAGCACUCUCUGGUCUCAAACAAGCUCCUCAUACUGGGUAUGAAACUUUGCCUAAGUUAUUGGAAGAUUUUGGAUUCAUCAAAGGAGUCGUUGAUCCAACGUUAUUUAGAAGGUCAAAUCAAAAACUUCUAAUGCUUGUAAAACAAUCUCUACAAGGUACAUUUCUUCAUCAAGAGAACUCUACUUCUGAAUUGCUCAAGAAGUAUUCAAAGGAUAACUAUGCAUCAUCAAAGAAGAAAACUCUCCAUGAUAUUAUGGAGAAACGAGAAAAAGAAAGAAAAGAAUGGGUGGUCGUUGAAAAGAAAUCCAAGGAAGAAAAGAAGAAAGCGACUGAAGAAAUUGCACGAAUCAAGGCCCUGACAGAAGAACUUCUCAAAAAGAAAGCAGAAGAAGCUCGAAAAAGUCUUCAACAACCUUGA